CUCGCACGCACGCCUCGGUGGGGGACGACGUUGCGAAUUGUUAUUGAAGUCAUGCCCCCGAAGGCGACUUCGGGAAGGCUGUCAGUUGCUUGUAAACGUUCGUUGCGUUCGUACCCGGCUGACCCGUGCCGGAUCCGCGCCGCGCCGCCUUCCUAUAAACUACAAACUACAACGUUAUCGCGCGAUCGGGUAUACAUAAACAAGUGCCAAGUUGAUAGAGACGCAACCGCUUCUGUGAUUUUAGUUCAUUAUAGACUAUUUAGACUUUGUACCUUAACAAUAAAUAAUCGUGGACUUUGCAAUAAAACUUUAUAAAUGGUAAAGUGAUUAGUGAGACGCUUUGAGUUACCGUUCGAGUGCCGGUUGUGUAUCGGUCCGCGGCCUGCGGCAAGUUUGUUGUGUCGUGCAGGUGUCGCGAUUCGCGAGCGUCGAGUGUUUACUGCGCGCACGUGCCCGCGCCACCGCCGCCCGCCCGCCUGCUGAAAUGCCGCGAAAAACUUUCUUCGAAAACAUUACCGUACUAUAAGUUAACUCGCGAGGGGAGACGCUCUGACCACGGCCAUGACUUUAACCUGUAGAGCUUGAUCGAGUGCGGACUACAUGUACGUCGACACGAAAAGUGUUGUUUUUUUAUUAUUUUUUUUUCGUUGGAGGAGACGGUGCUCUCCGUUGGAUUGAUGACUUAAAUGGCUAACAGCAGCACUGUAUCGUCGACCUUGCCGUCGAGGGAUUUUCACUGUAAGAUUUGCAGUCUCUAUUUAGACUCUGUUGAAUCAUUAGAGGUACAUCUACAGUACCAUAAAGAAAAUUUAUAUGUGAAGUGGGGCACGCAAAACUCACAGAAUGAUAGCGAUAAUAAUAACGGGGCAAAAGUGAAGAACGAAACUACAGUGUCGGCUCCUGCCGACUCCAGUGACAGCAUGAUUACCAAGCCAAGUCCAGAGUUCCAGCAGCGGGCAACCCCUGAAACUUCAGCUCAGUUCCCUCACCCUGCGACACCUCAAAGUUAUCACAGCGCACCGUCACCUUACCAGAAUCCAGAUCAAACAAACUUUUCACCAGGAGCACAAUUUGGUAAUAAUUUUUCGCAUUCUGGCUUUAAUCAAAAUCAACAUUCGGAUCAAAUUAACUGGGAACAAUCCCAAUAUCAAAGUCAAGAAUAUCAUAAACCUGCACGUUUUCAUCCAUAUAAUAUGCAAGAGCGGGUACCACAAGUGACUUCGUCCAGCCCAUUAUAUGGACAGCCACUGAACCAACCCACGCCGUCACCGUCACCGAACCAAUGUGAUAAGUGUGGCUUUGUUUGUGACUCUGCCGUCCAACUUAAUGAACAUUGCAAUUCAGCUCAUGCGGGUACCAGUACUGCACCGGCGGCAAGCUCACUACCAUUUCAACAAUUUACACCUAAACAAUAUAAUAAUUCCGGUUAUCAAAAUGAUAAUACAAAAAUAAAAGAAGAACACGAAGAAUCAUCAGAUAUACUAGAUUUAGAUUCUCAAAAAGUAGUUUAUCAAGGCAAUGAGGGUGAACAGCAGACAACCCCAUAUGAAGAAGCCCCAUCACAGGGUCGAGAAGUAAAUACCCGGACUGUGCCAAUGAUGCCCUGGGAGGUGCAAAAAUUGUAUACUAAUCCACAACUUAAUGGAGAUGUGUCCCUUUUUAAGGAUCAAAAAAUGUUUACUGAGCAAAAAACAUCUUAUACAUCAGAAACCAAAAUGUUUCACCCAGAACAAAAAUUUGCAUACUCUCAAGAAAAAUUUCUUUCUGGACAUCAUGACCAAAAAACAUUUAUGCACGUGGAACAAAAAAUUUAUCCAGGCGUACAAAUGCCUCCAUUAGCUGAAUAUCCAGGUUUAUCAUCUACAAAUCCCGAUAUGAAGCCACCAUAUCGUCCAUACGAUUCUUCAGCAGCACCUCAAAUAACGAGCACGCAACCGGCGAAUCCUACGUCAUCCACACUGCCCUCUAUUGGAGGAAAAGGCGCCAAUUGGAAAUCAAAUGAAGCAAGGCGGCCAAAAACUUACAAUUGCACCGCUUGUAAUAAAUGGUUUACGAGUUCUGGACAUUUAAAAAGGCAUUAUAAUACAACUUUGCACAAAAAUGCAGUGAGGUCAUCCGGACAACCAGACCCAGCAACUAUGCCCAUUUCAAGCCAUCAUCAUCCAAGUCGCGAUGCGAUUCAAGGUCGCGGGCAGCAGCAAACCGCCGACUCAAACACGCAGAGUCCGGUACCUUCGGAGGACGGACGCAGUGUAGACGAAGCCGCACUACAGUCGCCCUACGCAUCGCAGAACUUCGACCGCUCGCAUCGUGUCGCCACCAUGCAGUCCAAGUCACCAUAUACGCAUCUACAACAGGGUAAUUUAGAUAAUAAUUUUACCAAUAAUCCUUUAGCUAAUCACCCUUUACAGCACCAGGUCGGAUCGCAUCCGCUCAAUAUAGGUAGUCAACCACCGGGUAUAGGGAACCCAAACGAUAGUAGUCAUCAGGGGUCUAAAGGUACCACAAUAUCUUCGACUGGGAAUCCCCCAAACGGGGAAGCAGGUCCCUCUGUUUCUCAAAAUCACCAUAUGAGGGGCCUGCUAUCAGUAUCAACCAGCAAUAUUUCAACUCCAGCUCUAACUCAGAGUACGCCGGGGCUUACAGCUCACACACUGCCUCCGUUCAGUCAUUUGGGUGUCAACCCGUACAGUCCGAGGUCUACGGAUCCUUUGGGACCUUCGGUACCGGACCCCACGCACACCCCAUUAUAUUUGGGUCAGAAUUUUCAACAGACUAUAGCACCGAGUUACCCAAACGGGAUGGCCCCCCACGUUAUGGAUAUGGCUAUCAACAAUCUGCCUAUAGCCAAUCCGGCUACUUUUGGUGAAUCUGCACCUGAAGGAGUCGAAGUUAUGGAACAGGAAACGUCUAAUCAACCUGCCGGCGGACGCUUGCCAAGUUUCGCGCAGCUCCAAACGCAGAGCUUUAGCGUUUAUGUUUCAAACUAUGCAACACAGCCUAACGUGGGGGGUCAAGCUGUCGCUGACGAGUCGACCGCAGGAUAUAUUAUCGUUGAUCCAAUUAAUCCUACUUUACAAUAUAAUAAUAUUGAUAUAAAUGGACAAAACGUAGAUUACGAUUACAGUUACUCACCUAAACCUGUAAAGGAUAAUGAAAUAUACAGUCCUGAAAAUAUUAAAAUAUUGCGAUAUAGUUACCCGUUUGGUGGUAUAACAAUAAAACGUGAAAUUAAUGAUAUCCUGCGAACCGAUUCCAGUCAACUGCAAAUAUUAAAAAUUGAGGAUAUAAUGGAUUACGCUAACAAAGAGAAUUAUGGGUCCCAAAUGAAGUCUCCGGCUAGUCCAGAGAGCGCGAAGGCAGAAAAUGAAAGUCACGGAUCACCAUCUAUUACGUCAACGGUGAGCACACCUCUAACAGAGAGGAAUCAAGUGAAAAAUUCCGCCCCCGCAACUAUACACAAGUGUUAUGAAUGCGAUAAGUUCUUUAAUAAGGCUUGCUAUCUCACUCAGCAUAACAAAACAUUCCAUUCGGGUGCAAAACCGUUUAAAUGUGAUCGAUGCGGAAAAAGAUUUUCCGAUGACGUCUCUUACGAAGGGCAUUACAUAAAACAUACCGACAAUAAACCGUUCAAAUGCAAUGAAUGUCCCAAGUCCUUCAAUCAUAAAACAGACUUGCGCAGACAUAUGUGUCUGCAUUCUGGUUGUAAGCCUUUCGCAUGUGACCAUUGUGGUAAAGGAUUCAUUAGGAAAGAUCACAUGGUGAAACAUUUCGAUACACAUAUUAAGAAAAAUUUACGUUCAUCAUCGUCAUCGGUCUCGACGACCAUCUCGCCGACAUCAUUGACUCAUCUUGUUCUCAAUUAAAUUUUAUAAUAAUAUCGUUGCGCAUACAUAUCAUUUUUGAAUUAAAAAUAGAAACAUUGCAAUAAAUUUAUAAAUAUUACUAGAUGCGCGCAUGUGUCCGCGCCACCGCCACCCGCUCGCCUUCAGAAAUGCCGCGAAAAACUUUCUUUUAAAACAUCACCGUAAUACAAGUUAACUCGCGAAGGAAAACGAUCUGAUCAAAGUCAUAAUUUUAAGUGAAUAUACCAGGCUAAAACGUAAAUAUCAUCUACUUUUGUUGUAUUUUCUUCAUUUAAUAUAUUAUAUUUGUCAUAUAAAUAUGGAUUUUAAUAUUUUAAUUCGUAAAAAGAAAAAAACAAACUUCUAAAAUAUAAACUCUCGUCAUGACUAUUUACACAGGGUGACUUCAAAAUAUAAUAUUUUUUUUAAUAUAGUAUUUUACUAGUUAAUAAAUACUUUUUACAAAGGAACACGUCAAAAACUACAAAAUGGUGUAUCUUCCAUGUUGUUAUAAUUAUAUUACUCUAUUAAAUAUAAGAAGCAAUAAGGCCACCUAUUGUUUUCUCAUUGUAAUCUUUUUUGUAAUUGUUUUUAUUUAUAACAUGUUUACUAUUGUAAUUUUUUCGAGGAAACAAUAAAGAGUAUCUAUCUAUCUAUAAUUUGACGGCUUGAAGCACUAUAUAGUAUGAGAGCCUCAUAAUUUAUUGUUUCUUUAAGAAAAAAAAAAAGAUAUCAAACUAAUAAUUCCGAUUUCAACUUGUAUAUUACCGGUGAACGUCUGGAAAGUUUUGCUCUGUGUUUAUUUACUGUCCAAAAAUAACUAUUGCGACGUAAAUUACAGUGUAUUGUGAUUAUUAUAUCGGCUUUACUAACUUAUCAUCAUGUUUACAUAUCGAGUAGGAAAGUAGUCGGGCAAUCUCAAAGUUAAUACGUGCAUUGUAAUAUAAUAAAAUAUUAUACACAUUUUAUGUUCACGUUUCAAACGAUGCAAUACCGCCUAACGUAAGGAAUCAAGUUACUGCUGACGAGUCGACCGUAUGAUAAGAUGCUAUAGUUGGUCUAAUUAAUUCUCGUUUACAACAAAUUAUUUUGAUGUCAAAUAUAAAAUGUAGAUUAUCAUUACAUUAACGUAAAACUAUAAAAGAAAACAAAUUUUGAAAGUUUUGAAAUUUUUAACAUUUUUCUAUUAAAUUAUUCGUUUGGUGGUGUAACAAUAAAACAUGUAAUCAAUUACAUUCUUUACCAGAGGGGAUUAUGAAAAAAAAUCGUCUGCUUGGGUACCUUUGUCCCACUCAUAUUUGUACCGUGAUACAGUUGUAAAACUGUGUUUCAGUUUGAUGAUUGUGGGAUAUGACAAUUAAGUUACAGAGUACGGUGGCAUGAAACCUUAGUCCUCAAUAAUGACAACAAAUGAAGAGUACUAAGGGCGUCACUGUGUAUUUCGUAAUAUCCAUGAUGUUGUUCAAUGUUUAUAGGUGACGAUAUUCACUUUUCAUCAGAUGGGUCGUUUUUUUAUUUUAUUUUAUAAAAAUUUCCUAUA